AUGGGCUCAGAAAUACCUUCCACGAAGCGACGGAUUUAUCUCAAUGGAUUUGAUAUGUUUACCGUUGGCCACCUCUCCUUUGGCCAAUGGAAGAACCCAUCAGAUCGAUCGGCAACAAAGCGUCGAGAUCUCUCAUAUUGGACGAAUUUAGCUCGAAUCCUUGAGAAGGGGGAUUUCAACGCAUUGUUCCUGGCCGAUACAUUUGGCCUAUAUGACACCUACAAAGGAAGUGCCGAACCUGCCAUUCGAAAUGCGGCUCAGUAUCCCAUGGGCGACCCGGCAAUUCCGAUAUCUGCCAUGGCGUCGGUGACUAAGAAUCUUGCCUUUGCCAUCACUACCUCUACCUCGUACGAAGCUCCAUACGUUGUCGCAAAGAGGUUUUCAACCCUGGAUCACCUCACGGGUGGCCGAUUUGGUUGGAAUAUUGUGACUUCAUGGAAAGCAUCUGCGUCAAAAGCACUUGGGUUGCCUCUUAUAGACCAUGAUAAACGUUAUGAAAUUGCCGACGAGUAUUUGACGGUCCUAUACAAACUGUGGGAAGGAAGCUGGGCCGAUGACGCGCUCCGUGAAGACUCUGAAACAGGCGUCUAUUCAGACCCCAAUCGAAUCAAAUAUGUCCACCACCACGGCGACAAUUUCCACGUUGAUGGCCCUCAUAUCCUGGACCCAUCGCCACAGCGCACUCCCUUCCUAUUCCAAGCUGGCACUUCUCCAGCCGGCGUAGCUUUUGGAGCAAAACAUGCCGAGGGAAUAUUCGUCUCUGCCCCCUCGCCUCAUAUCCUCGCACCACGAGUCCAAGCGAUUCGCGAAGAAGCCGCUAAGCUGGGACGUGAUCCCCGCUCGAUUAAAGUGUUUACUAUCCUUACACCAAUCCUUGGUCGAACGGAAGAGGAGGCGCAGACCAAGUACCGCGAGGCUCUGGAAAACGCCAGUGAAGAGGCAGGACUUGCCUUCUUUUCGGGUGGUAGUGGGAUUGAUCUUAGCCGCUUUGAUCUUGAUACGCCUAUCAAGCCGACAGAUGUCCAUAUCGAUGCGAGGGUCCAAUCUACAAUCAAUACACUCUCCUAUCAGAGUCCCGAUGUUCCGGAGUGGACGCCUAGAAACAUUGGGAAACAUAUCUCCAUUGGAGGUGCUGGUCCUGUUCCUGUUGGAACGGCUAGCUUUGUAGCCGAUUUUCUGGAGGAGUGGGUUCGGGUCGCUGAUUUGGAUGGCUUCAAUAUUGGAUAUGUGCAGACGCCUGGAACGUUUGAGGAUGUCGUGGAGCUUUUGGUUCCUGAGUUGAGAAGAAGAGGUGUAUAUUCACCUGAGAAGGAAAGCGGGACUAUGCGGGAGAGAAUUUAUGGACCGGGACAGAGGCAUUUGAGGGAUGAUCAUGUGGGGAGGACUUAUAGAUAUGAAGUUUAUGAUGGCAAAUAG